AUGGAGUGCAUCAAGUCCAAUGACACUUACGAAUGUGUAGUAGCAUAUCUCGCCGAACUUCAGCUACAACGCGCAAAGCCUGGUAGUGAGCAGACCACUUCGCACGGAGAGCAUCUAUCUACACAAAUAGAAAAGGGCCAAACUACUUUUUCGGAUCACGAGUCCGACGUCGACUUCGAUCUAGACUUUUACUAUCGCAAUGAUCCAGCUCCUCUGACAGAUGUUACGUUCGGGCCUGAAUCCGUGGCCUACCAUUGGCGUUAUCGUUAUGAUUACAUACCAUGGGUUAAACGUAUCUGGAGCGCCCUAGAUCCGAAACUACCAGCUGUAGCAAAGGACGCUGCUGCAAUGAUCCUUCUGGGCAACGUAAAUCAAGGCUGCAAUGCAAGCAGUGUUUUCCUGUACAUCAAUCGCACAGCCAGAUCCAUGAUCGAGGGCAAGGAACGUGGACCUGUUCCCCGCCUGUACCUGGCAAUUCUUCAAGCCAUGGCCUUGAGCGACGAGCGCGCCAAGGACGAAAUAUAUAAGCUCGUUCCUUCUCUGAAACCCGAAGGAUACCCUUCUCAUGAAGGCGAGGGUCUCCAGAGCCCUCAUUGUACGUGGCAUUGGGGUUCCUCCAGCUCUGUUGUGGACGUAUACCCGCUUAUAAGCUCGACGACAUUCUCGCAAACCCCCACUAGCCUUGAUCUAACUGACGACUCCCUAUGGCCCGUACGACGAGAUUUUUUCAAGCAGUGGAGGGCGCCUGGGGUGGAACUCAUCUGUUUCGACAACAUAUGCACAGACUGGGAAAGACAUAUGGAAGAAAGUAGUCGGGAAUCGAACCCUAAGCGGUACAAACCACGUGUUUCAAUUGAAGAGGGAGCCGAUUUAGUAGUUCUAGCCGAGAUGACCCGUGAAAUUGUGCGGGAAUACAUGCAGCUCGAGAAGUACAAGCAGUCGGCGGCCAAGUACGAAGCCUUGACAGCUCAGCUGAAACUGAUGGUCAGCAACGGAAGUAUCGAUGGGGGUGUCGUUGGUGAGCUCAUGAAGCAGAUUGAGCAUCGCACUAUCUAG